UACUGCAAAGAGCUCCAAAAAUCUCCGUCAGUCAGUCAUCAUCAUCAUCUUUGCAAUUGCGUUUUUCUAUUUUGUUUAAUUGUGAAGGUUUAAAGAAAUCUGUCGUGAAGAAAAUGAAUUGUGAAAUCUGCAAUGAAAAGUUUACGAAAUUGAAGGAUCUAAUACGUCAUGGGAUCAGUGGCAUGCAUCGAUACUCUCAUUUCUUUUGCUUGCCGUGCGCACAAGCAUUUUCUAGUGUCACUGAUGUCGUUGAACACAUUGGGACUGAUGUACAUUCCGUCCUGACACUAGCCACGGGUAUUCCUUUUGAUGCUGAAGAUAAAAAUCCCAGCACUAUUAGUCCUUCAUUCCCACCGCAUUCUUGCUGUUAUUUGUGCAGCUAUAGGGGCUUUCUACCCAUAGAGGAACACAUCCAGAGCGACAGUCAUAAAUAUUUAGCAUUUGUAAUUAAAACCGUUAUUAGAAGGAAAGAAUUACUUUGUUCAGUUAAGGAAGCAAAGUACGACACACAAAUGUUCAUGAGCAAAAUUAUUAACGUCAAACAGAAAGGGCAUGACCGUGCUUUCGGUGAGCAUGUCUAUAAAGUCGCUCACGGAAUGUUACCGUUCAUCUGCGAAUUAUGUAACAUUCACUUCAGCGAACCCGUUUAUUACACGCAACAUUUGGAAAAUCAGUCCCAUAGAAGGACGGAGCAGUUUCUGAACAAACUCUUCCACAUCGUUAAAAAAGUUGAUAUCGUUAAUGCUGGAUCCUGUUGGAGUGUCUCGAAAACUUUCAGCAAUUCACUUGAAGCAUUGUAUUAUUGCCAAAUGUGCUCUCUUUGGUUGGUGACGAGUUUUAAGUAUGCUGAACAUAAACUAUGUUACAGACAUAAAGAAGUUGAGUCACUUAUCAAGAGAGAAAGAAUGGGAGGUGUUAGGCUACGCAGCGUCACAGAGAAAAAGAACCCGGAUUGUAGGUGUAAACGGCGCAUGGAGUUUGAAGAAGUUAAAAAACGUUCGGCUAGAAAAGUUGAACAUAAAGUUAGAGACGGCGAGGAAGCGUCUAAAAAAAUGUCUCCCUCGUCAUCGAACAAUCAUGGAAAAGACGAAAAUGUUAGCAAAACCGAUGGAACUGUCAGCACAAUCCUCACGCCAUCUGGUGUCGAAGCGAGUGAAACUAAAAGUGACUCCUCGCUGGAUGGUUUCGGAACUGACGACACCGAUAGUUCUGAUGAUUGUGAAGUUGAAAUUGUUUCCAAUCCCGAGAAGCACUACUGUGAGUUGUGUGACUUUUUAAGCUACAGUUCUCUGAAUUAUGAGAAGCAUUUGACUAGCAAGCAUCAUAAAAGAAUGAAAAAGAUGUCGGACAAAAAACAGGAGAAAGCUUCCACGGUUAAGCAGGCAGAGGAAACCGCUAAUGAGUGAAAUCCUCCACAACGUAACUGUUAAUUUCAAUUAGUGAACUGAACAACGUGAAGAUAAUUUGAAAAGUAAAAAUCCCUUAUUUGAGUUUUUGAUUAAAUAAUCACGUGUUGUACUGUGCGAGUAAAUAUCUUCUGUUAUGUAUUAGGUUUUUAUAAAAGUUCGUGCCCGAUUUGUAACUUAAAGCGAAAAUCUGCCUUAUUUUCAAUAAAGUUUGGUAACCACUUAAAUAGUCACUAUGCAUUACAUGGUAAUUGUGUAAACAGUGGGUUUUGUCUUGUAAACUCUUAACGGUUGCGUUCUUUUUUUAAUGUUAGAAAGAGCCUCAAGUGUAAAGGGUACAAAGUAUUGGAUCCUU